AGUCUGUUCUGUCAUUUCAAACAAGUUUGAGCACAAGUUUGUGUCACUUAACCUAAAAAUUUUGUCGUCAAAACGUUUCGAGUGCGGUUUUACGUAUUUAUGUAAUUAUAUUUAAAAAGCUAAGUAAAAAUGUGCGAUUCGACGCUUUUACUUAUUAAGGAUAAAAUAAUAAACACAGAUGCUAUCAUAAAGCUGCUUUCGGACAAAAAUACUCAAAUAAAUCGAUUAAAACGACAAUUAAAAUUUCUUUAUAAAAAAUACCUGGCCCAAAUAAAAGAGUUAGAAAUUUGUAACCUUAAAGAGACGACUAACCAAUCUUACAUAGAUGAGAAAACUCUUCUUGAAAAAUAUACCGAAUUAGAAGGGAUUCAUCAAGACUAUGUUAACGUUUCAACAAUAAAAUAUCAAAAUAUUUGUAAAGAAUUAGAAGAAUGCAAAUCUUCAAAAGGUGUUACAACGAUCAAAACAAUUAAAAAGUGUAAUAAAUGUAAAGAAGAAGUUGAAAAUAAUCGAGUAUUAAAGCGACAAAUCACUAAUUUGAAGCAAAACAUAGAACAAUUAACAAAAACGUUAGAAUCAAAAAAUGGAAGGAAUUUAAAUGACUUUAAAUAUUCUUCUGAAUAUAAACUGUUAAAACAACAUCAUACUACAGAAAUAGAAAACCUUAUGUCUGAGCAUAUGAUGGAGUUAGAUAAGGUGGAAACGAAAUUUAAAAGUGAAAUUAAUAUCUACCAAGAUAGAAUUGUUUCUUUGGAAGCACAAGAUAUGAUUUAUAAAGAUAAAAUAGAUGAAUUAAAAUUAGAGUUGAAUGAAACAAAAAUUUGUUUAGCAGAAAAAAAUAAAGUAAAACCGGAGAAUCAUAUUAAUAAUGAAAUAAAAGGUGGUUUAUAUGAAUUAUUAAGUGAAUGUGAUUUGGAAUUACCAAAAGUUGAUGAUCAAUUAAAAACUAGAUUAGAUCAAUCAUCACAAACAGAUGAAAUAUCAUUUUAUAAUAAUAAUACAAAUCCGAUUGAAAAUGUUGAUGUUGCAAGUUUAUUUGGUGAUAAUUUCUCUGAUGUUUUAAGCGAUCAUCAAGAAGAUUUCAUGGAAUUUAAGGAUUUAGAUGCAAAAACGGAUUGUAAUGAAUUGCUUAGGGUACCUUUAGAACCUUUAGAAGAAGAGAAGGAAGACUUAAAUGAUGAAAACCUUGAUGUAUGGAGAUGUAUCCAAGAAAUGAAAGAGAUUCCAGAACCUUUAAGUUCAUUAAGUUCAUCUGAAAAUGAAGACGAAACUACAACACCAAAGAAAAAAAAUGUUUUCAAUAAAAGAAUAAAAUUAAAGCGAUUGGCGCAAGAAAAUCGCCGUAAAUUUAUUGCUAAUAUUAAAAAAGAUGUCUUUAAAUCUUUAGUGAAACAUGUAGGAAAAAUGUUAAAGAAGUCAACUGAUAAAGAAAAUAAAUCAAAUUCAACUAAAUCAAAGAAAAUGUCGAAACAAUUUAAAAAUAAACGUAAAUUAGAAAUGCUUAGAUGGACAGCUUUACGUGAAAUAUCAAGCACUGAUUCCGAUGUAUCUUGUACGUCAAAAUCAAAAAUAAAAAUGAGAAAAUUAGAAAGAUACAAACAUUUAAAUGUAAAUAAUAAAGAAGAGUACGCUAAAUUUUGUGCUAAAUUUAAUACAAUGACCGACUUUUAUAACUCAUUGAGUGGAAAUGAAAACAAAAUUAACGAUAAUGGUAAUAUUGGCGAAGAAUCUUGUUGGUCUGGACAAGAUUCAGGUUUUGGAAAGAGCGAUAUUGAAUGUGGCAAAACAGAAAAAUGUAUUAAAAACGAAAAUGAUAAGAAAAUUAAUAUACAAUCAAUUAAAAUUCUUAAACAAGAUAAAUUACAAUCUAAAUUGGCUUCAUCUAAAGAAAUAGUUCAUGAUGAUUCAAUUAAAAAUCAAAAAACCAAAAAAAAAUCAACUAUCAUAGGAGAAAAUCAAUUUUUACAUAAUUCUAAAGAAGAGUUACUAUUUGGGGAAUGUUCAAGUUCUGAAAAUGAUAAUGUAAGUUUUGAUACAAAAGACUUAGUUGCAACAUUAGAAGUAUCUUCUGAUUCGUUAGAAACUACAUCUCUUAAAGAAUUGUCUCAAAGCGAUUCAUUUGAAAAUAAUAAUGACAAUUUUGAAGCUGUUCCAAAAACUGUUAAUGAAAUUGUUGCAACAAAAACAAUGGAAAAUGAUUUAGUACAGAAAAGUACAGAAAAUGAUGAUACAAAUUCUUUUAAAGAUAGUGAUAAUAAAAAGCAAACGAUUAGUCGACGAUAUUCGGUAAGAAUAAACAAAUUAAAACAUCAACCAACCAAAAAAUGUGGAGAAGAAAUAAUUGAGAAUGAAAAAAUUGAUAAGAAAUUAUUAACAAAUUCAAUCUUAGAAAUAAUUUCGACUGAGGAAUCUAUCAAACUGGGUACUCCUUCACAAUUAAGUAACAAAAAUGGUUGUUCAAGUUCUGAAAGUGAUAAUGAGAUUUGCAAUAAAACAGAAAAUAAUUGUAAUUCAACAAAAAAAUCAACCAUCAUAGAAGAAAUUCAAUUUUCACAAAAUUGUAAACAUAAUUCUAAAGAGGAGUUAUUAUUUGGAGAAUGUUUAAGUUCUGAAAAUGAUAAUGUAAGUUUUGAUACAAAAGAAUUCGUUGCAACGCGAAAAGUAUCGUCUGACUCAUUAGAACCUACAUCUUUUAAAGAAUUAUCUCAAAGCGAUUUAUUUGAAAAUAACAAUCUUAAUAAUAAUAUCGUUGAAACAAAAACAAUCGAAAAUGAUUUAGUUAAUGAAAUAACAACCUUAGAAACAAGUAUUUCGAAAAGUACAGGAAAUGAUACAAAUUCUUUUAAAGAUAGUGAUAAUAAAAAGCAAACGAUUAGUCGACGAUAUUCGGCAAGAAUAAACAAAUUAAAACAUCAACCAAGCAAAAAAUGUGGAGAAGAAAUAAUUGAGAAUGAAAAAAUUGAUAAAAAAUUAUUAACAAAUUCAAUCUUAGAAUUAAUUUCGACGGAAGAAUCGAUCAAAUUAAGUACUCCUUCACAAUUAAGUAACAAAAAUGGUUGUUCAAGUUCUGAAAGUGAUAAUGAGAUUUGCAAUAAAACAGAAAAUACUUGUAAUUCAACAAAAAAAUCAACUAUCAUAAAAGAAAUUCAAUAUUUACAAAAUUAUAAACAUAAUUCUAAAGAGGAAUUAUUAUUUGGGAAAUGUUCAAGUUCUGAAAAUGAUAAUGUAAGUUUUGAUACAAAAGAAUUCGUUGCAACGCGAAAAGUAUCGUCUGAUUCGUUAGAAACUACAUCUCUUAAAGAAUUGUCUCAAACUGAUUCAUUUGAAAAUAAUAAUCUUAAUAAUAAUAACAACUUUGAAGCUGUUUCAAAAACUGUUAAAGAAAUUGUUGAAACAAAAACAAUUGAAAAUGAUUUAGUUAAUAAAAUAACAACCUUAACAACAAGUAUUUCGAAAAGUACAGAAAAUGACGAUACAAAUUCUUUUAAAGAUAGUGAUAACAAAAAGCAAACGAUUACUCGACGAUAUUCACCAAGAAUAAACAAAUUAAAACAUCAAGCAAUCAAAAGGUGUAGAAAAGAAAUAAUUGAGAAUAAAAAAAUUCAUAAUAAAUUAUUAACAAAUUCAAUCUUAGAAUUAAUUUCGACAGAAGAAUCUAUUGAACCGAGUACUUCUUCACAAUUAAGUAAUAGAAAUGGUUGUUCUGAAAGUGAUACUAACGAGAUUUCCCAUAAAACACAAAAUAAUUCUGAUGAAUUAUCUAAAUUGGAAUUACCAAAUUCCCAAAUUGAAUUGUCUUCAAUAAAACUUCCAUCUGUAAUUAAUGGAGGUGAUGUUCCUGUUAGACCAAUGAAAAUACGAAAGGCCAACGAAAAAGUAACAAAUUUAAAAAGAAAAUUGGAUGAACCGGUUACAAAAAGAACAAGUGAACCAGCAAAUAAACUAAAAAAGGUAAAAGAUAAUUUUGUGAAAAGAUUCAAUAAAGAUGAUAUGGUUAAAGAAGUAAUUAAAAUGGAAAUGGAAAGGAAAUUGGAAAAGGCGUGUUUUAAAAGACCGGUGAAACGUCCAUUAUGUACUCCUAUGUCACCUCCACAUUCUGUUGACUUUGAAUUUACACCACCAAAGAUUAUUCCAUUGAAAAAAGUAGGACAAUUACAUGAAGGAGUAUGUAAAAAAUUACUUAAGAAAUUAAUCCAAUUUCCUGGUGAAUCUGUGAUACUACAAGAAAUUUUCGAUAAAUUUUCUAGUCAGAAACAAAACUAUAUUAUUAGGUUAAUAAUAGCAGAAGUAUUAAUUGAUACAAGUAAAUCAGACAAUAAAUACACCCCACCAGCACCAUUAUUGACGCCAGUUCAAAGAACUUUACUAGGACUAACAAUAAAACUACAAGAAUCUUUUCCUGAUAUCUUAACAGAAAUGUUAUUUUCUUUAGAACGUAGUAUCCUAAUUGAAACCAGUUUAGAUGGUUUAAUAUCCACCACCAGAUUUUACACGGGAAUUUGUAAAUUAAAAAAAGAGUUGCAUCGCAUGAGAAGAAUGAUUGGAGACGUUUUCUUCACUUUAAAUAACUUGGCAAUUCCAUUUCUCUACACCGUAUUGAGUACGUGGACGGAAAUUUUACCACUAGAAGCUGAAUCACACGACAAUAUGCUCGUAAAAGUUUUAAUACAAAUCAUUAACAUGAAAAAUUGUAAACCCGGUUAUUGUUUAACGACUUUGAAGGGUUUAUUACAAAAUUAUUAUGGGUAUCCUAAAGAAAGAUGGAAGAGUGAAGAUGUGUUUAACGAAACUUUUACUAAGUUUAAAGAAAAUCCUUCAAAGUUCUUGGAAUUUGCUUUAUUAAUAUUAUUUAAAAAUCAUCCUAAUAAAUGGGUUUAUGAACAGAUGAGGAUACAUUUAAAGCCAUUAUUGAAUGAUUCAGCUGAUAAUCAUGUAAAAAAAGCAAUUGUUGUAUUAAUUAGUAAUACUUUGCCUCAAUUUGGCAGUGAUAAUUGUCAAUAUGUACAAGAAAUUAAGACUUGGCUCAACUUGAAUCUAAAUAGUGUUGUAUGACGAGUUAUUUUGUUGAUUUGAAUAUUCAAAUUUUGAAUGUUUAUAAAUAAUUGGUAAACUGACAGGUUUCAGAUUUUGAAAUUACCAAAAAAAAAAAAAAUAAAUAAAGAUUU